AGCAAACAUACUUUUAAAGCUUGAAAAGAUAUCCUAAUUCAAUCUAGCAUAGCUACAGUGUUGAAGUGAGAAAAUGUCAGGAAAGUUAAAAAUAUUAUGUCUCCAUGGCUAUACACAGAAUGCUAUCAUGUUCCGUAAAAAGAUAGCCGCGGCUUGUAAAAGUGUCCAAGAAAUAGCUGAAUUCACGUUUGUAACCGGACCACAUCAUAUUAUUCCAGCAACUCUCACUACCGUAGCUGAACGAGAGGAAGUUGCCAACGAAUAUGUCUCUGAGGAGCAUAAACCUUAUGGUUGGUGGUUUUCACCCAAGUACAAGCCAAUAGAUAAGGAUGGGUUUUUCAUUGGCUUUAAAGAGUCUGUUGAUUUUAUUAAGGAUAUCAUGAUCAAAGAGGGCCCAUUUGAUGGUAUCUUGGGCUUUUCUCAAGGAGCUUGCUUCACAGCACUUUUGACACAGCUUCUAGAAGACAGGAGUUACUUUCCUGACUUAAUAUCACCUUCUUUUGAACAUCCACCUCUGAAAUUUUCAAUUAUUGUUGCAGGUUUCAAACCAGUGUUGCAAGAAGCUACGAAUGUUAUGCUAACUAGAGACAAGAAGGUGAAAACGCCUUCUAUGCAUUUCAUUGGUGAUCUAGAUACUUUAGUUUCACCAGAGAAUAUGGUUUCAUUAACAGAAGCCUUUGAUAAUCCAACUAUAUUUCGUCAUAUGGGAGGACAUUACUUACCCUCAAAUUCAACGAGUUGCAAGGCCUUCCAUAAGUUUCUUUCGUCUUUUGUGUAGAACGACACGACGUCACAAAUUAAUAUACGUGGCUUAGAAUGAAAAAAUUUUUAACGCAGCUUCGUAUAAAUUCCACUUUGUUCUUUUUUUUUCGCUGUUAUUGAACAACGUUUC